AUGUUUCCCUGCCAUUUGCAGUGAAAGAUGGCUGAUCUUUGCGUGAGGCUCUGGGUGCUCCAGGUGAACAUCUGGCUGAUGGCUCUGGUCACAGGUGGAGAAGCAGCAGACAAGAACAGCACCAGGAACAGCACAGACAGCUGGUGCCCCAUGGUGCACCAGCACCCGCGCUACAUGGCAGCCAAGAAGAACAUGCCCGUACACUUCAUCUGCUACUCGCACGACCCCUAUAGCAUGCAGUGGUACAAAAUGAGAGAGAACAGUGAUGAGGUCUACGACCUGGAUCUCAGCCCCUCCCGCUACAGCAUCGAGAGGAAAGACAACUUCAUCAACUUCACCAUCUUCAGGGUCACCUACGAGGACACUGGCGUCUACGUGUGUGAGAGCAAGAACCUCACGGAGAAGAAGAAGCAGUCACACUUGUGCGGGACACAGCUCAGAGUCAUGGGUCACAGUAACAUCCAGCAGAUCCAGAGCAGGAACACCCUGAAAGAUGCCAUCAUCAUCAUCCAGUCCAUCCUGCUUGUCAUCUUCAUCAGCAUCCCCAUGCUCCUCUUCCUAGAUAAAGGUGAAGGCAAGGAAAGCCCGGAGGAGGACCACACCUAUGAGGGCCUGGAGGUGGAGCAGAUGGCCACCUACGAGGACAUCACUCCUUUCCGGGACGUGAAGGCCAAGUGGACAGUUGGGGAGCACCCGGGCGAAGAGUGAGGGGUUCUGCGCCCACCACCAGGCUGGCACCGGCGGCGCGGCUCCCUGCCCGCACCCUGCCGGCACCCAUGGGGACGGGCCCCCAGUUCCCGCCCUGGACCACAGCUAUGACGGGUGCCUGGAUCCCGGGCUGCAAGCUACCUCCAGCAGCCCUGCGCGGAGCUCGGGUCCGGCUGCCCUUGGGUGCUCGCUUUGCCGCGUCCGGGCUGUGCCCACCAAGGCUGCCCUGCCCCGGCUGCCUCUCUUACCGCCCCGCUGAUGAACCCCUAAAGCCUAUGUAGAAAUUAGGAGCCAACCGCAGUCCCCCCAGUAGCAAACUGGCCCCAAACCCCAGGCAGCCCCACACCACGGCGCUGACCUACUGCCUGGUUAAUGCAAUGGAAAUACCAGGGUGGGUGGUGGGUCUCCUCCAGCCCCACCUGGGAAGCAGAGGACCAGUUCUGAUCACUCUCCGUGUUGCAAGGACCCUCCUGGGCUGUGAGGCCCUGCUGCAGCCCUGGCAGAGGAGCCGAGGUGAGCAGCACCAUCCUGGUGUUACAAGAAGUGGAUUUUGGGCCACUAUUUAGCUCUCAAGCCAUGGACGUGUCCAGCAGGCCAAGCUGGCAGUCAUCUGAGAUAAAGGAUCCUCCAAACACACCUCUCUCUCCCCAAAGACUACA